AUGAAGAUAUUGGAAGAUCUUUGCGACUGCAAGGCUACUGUUUCUGAGCAUCUGAUGCAACUAGGCAUCAAGCAAGAACAGGCAGAAGAGCUAGCUCAAGUCAUCAAAGAAGAAAUUGAAGGAUUCGAACCAGUGGAUGGAAAAGAGAAAAUUAAAGAAACACAGAUAGUGAAGAAGAUUUUAAACAGAUCUGUGCUGAGUGAAGAUUUGACAGCUCGCGUCUGUCAAAUUGCAAGAAAUGCGUACAGAGACUACUGGUACAGGAAGAAACUGUUAGAAAAGAGUAUGGCUGUGAAACCUGAGGAGCCUUGGGAGAUAGCAGCCCAACAUACACUUGAACUAUAUAAAAGAACCAAACCUUCAUUCGGAGAAUUGACAAGGGCGACAGUGAAAAUUCAGGCAGCUUAUAGAGGAUACCACGUGCGUAGGAAUUUAUUAGGCCACUUAAAACCGAAGCCACAAAAGAAGAGUCCAAAAAGAGAUACAUUCGGCCCACCUGUGGAUAUUGCUGCAUCCAGGGAAAUUGAUCUUGGACCUAUGACUGCACCGCCUGAAGUAAUACCAGAUGUUUUCGAAAAUGAAGUCGGAUCUAAUGACAUGAAAUCGGUACUAGAAGCACAAGAAGAACCUGAAGUCAAAAUAGCUGAAGAAGCUGAAACAGAACCUGCUCAGGAAGUACCAGAAGAUUUAGAUGAACAGACUGAAGCAACAAGUACCACAGCUUCUGUGCCAUCUUCUGCUCCUAUUACAGCUGAAAACACAGAUGUGGAAGAUACUGGUGAAGCUCUGGAUACCACUGGUGAAGAAGCUGAAGAAUAG